UGUGUCUCGGCCGCACGUCGUUGUGCACGUUGUCGCCGUGCAAUGCCGUAAAACGUAUUUUACGAUACAGACGACGCCGGGGAUUAUACCGUUCGAACUGUUUGAAGGUAGGUGGUACACCCGUGCGACAGAAGAAAAAAAAAAAAAAUAAAAAAACUGGCGCACGCACACGUCGAUUAUAACGAAACUGUACCCGACGCACGAUCGCCGGGACAUACGCGAAUCGUACGCCCAACACGGUGCAAUACAGAAAAUCACGCGUUUGUACAGGACGCGCGAUGAAAAGAUAAUAGCAAUCAUACUCGUAACAUACCGGCGUUACUCUCGUAGUAUUCGGUUUUCAUUGAUUUUUUUUUUUUCCUCGUCCGCAAUAGUUCAUAGCGUUAAUAAGUGCCCCACACACCAAUGUAUCGGGUACCCAUACAAUCGUCGCGGACUGCUUAUCUGCCCGUAUAAUAUAAUGUGCGGAAAAAAAAAAUAAAUAAAGAAUUUGUGAUAAUAAGCCGAACAGACGAAGUGUAAUAUUAUUAUUUAUCAUACGUGUACCCAUAAUACAACGCGACGCGCGGUGUGUGCGCGUGUGUGUGUGCAGGUACUCGGAUAAGAUACGAGUAAACGACUCGUCGACGUGGGCCGAGUCGGUGAAAAAAUAAUAAUUCUGUUGGAGAGGUGGUCGGCAAUCGAACGGACAUCCUCCUUAUUCCUAAUGCGUUUUCAACGUGGAUACGUCUCAACGGUGGCGUACCCGGCGUUCGGGAGGAGUUGGUGGCGGGCGAGGGAGAGCUUAGGGGGCUUCGGCCCCCUACCAUUUGCCGUGUUAAAACACAAACAAACAAUAAUAACACCGAACCGGUGCAGCGUGGCGUGGUGAAAACACGGUAAUUUUUUUUUUCAAAUAAAUUAAUAAUCGUUGCGCAUUUGCUGCACUACAGUAUGUGCGAAUGAUAAUUGUUAUUAUACGUACCGCACAAUUGUGUAUUAUGCAAAAUACAAUGAUAAUUACCGAUUUUUAAAUGGAUGCUUUUUACAAAAUAAAUAUAGGUAUAUUACGCUCGCGUUAUUAUACCGCCCUAGAAAUUUGGUUAAAUAUUAUGUUUGGCACUUCCCGUCGGAAAAAUCCCUCGGGGUACGCCACCGCGGUGGCGCCCACGGUCGGAUAGGCCUGUACCGGGAAGCCGGGAAUUUCCCGGUGGAAACCCCCCCCCACCACCACCACGAUGGGACUUUCGGGGCGACGGGCACUAUCGAACUAUACGGCUUAUGCCGUAGUAUAUUAUUAUGUCGGUCCAUGUAUUAAAAUUGAUGAGCAUAGUAAAAAAAAAAAAAAAGUGCGACGCGACCAGACUGCUUAGAGCGCGUGCACAAAUUAAGCACGGCGUAUAAUAAUAUUUAGGUAUUCUUAUUCAUCAAUUUUUAUUGACGUAUUGUAAUAUAUUAUUUCAACGAAGCGGUAGAAGUAUUCGAGAUUGAAAAAAAAAAACAGUGGCAUAUUUUUUUACGAUAAAAAAAGUUAGUCAUAAUGUACGUUUAUAUAUAUGAAAUAUAUAAUUUAAAAUUCUAUCUCACGGCAAUUCUAUCCUACAAAUAUACAAAAUAAAGAAAAAUGUAUAAUACAAAAGUGUUUCGGUUUUUGAAACAUCUAAAAUGAUUUGCACAUAUUUUUUUCUUUUUAUUUUGAGGUGGGGUUUCCGGAAAUUCAAAUAGGAACCUACGUGUGUUCGGAAUUCCAUAAAUAGAUUUAGUAUUAAGUUUGAAUACAUUUUCAUGAAAUUACAUUACAUGAAAUCGUAUUCAAACCAACACUGCAUCUGUAUGUGACAUAUGGAAUGUAGAAUGCCAUUUGAACUUCAAAAGUUGACCCCGCAAAAACGCCUAUGGUUUUUAUCGACACACACGGACUUUGCAAUAAUAACUCUAUACGUUCGGGUGUACAAUUGUUUUAAAUAUAUGUAUAACACAAGAGAUAGGUAAUGGUUAAAAAUCGCUUGAACAACAUGGUUAUAUUCGCAUUGCCCGGGCAAUAUAUAUUAUGCACAUUGCCCCUGAACAUGAACACUAAAUCAGACGUAAAGCUGCGAUAUGGAUAUGUACUCGUUUGGGAAUAAAACGAUAUAAUAUCCGUCGCAAUACACAAACAAUAACGAAAAUCUCGCCGACAUCCUCUUUUUAACAUUGUGUAUGAUGUAAUAAUAAUGAUAGUAUGAGAUACGUCCGUAUUAUGUGUGUGCAAUAAUAUGUUUCCGUCAAUGUCGGUAGGGGGAGGGAGGAGACAUACAAUCCGAAUAAUAUUGUAUCAUUAUUAUAUUAUUAUUAUUUUUAUUGUUAUACAAUAACAAGUCACACGGACGCGACGUAUUGUAAACACGUCAUGUUUUUCCAACUCCGCGGUACCAUUUACUAUAACAAUAACGUUAUAUUAUGAUGGUAUUAUAGCCGAUAAUAUAGGUGACAAUAUAACCCGGAGGUGGGUACUGGGCCCAUGUAAGUUGCACAUACUCGUAUACAUAGGUACCGUGCAAACGACCGGCCAAUAAUAGCACAAUCGAAUAACGAUAAUAAAUGAUAAUAUUAUAGUUACGAUUGAAAACGAGAGUGUGUCGAUCGGAAAAAUGCGUCGCAGGCGGGUGGGUACCAGAACGGCGAAGACGGCGGCCGUCAAUUAAUAAUUAUCCACGCACCGCGCAUACAACAACAAUAAUAAUAAUACGAGUUGCGAUCGUCGUCGGCGGCGGCGGCGUCGGCGGCGGGCGUUCGGGGACGUGACGACGAUGCGACGGGUGGACGACGACGUGUUUCGAACAAUUGAACCGCGCGGCCGUCCGCUGUCCGCCGCUCAGGCCGCCGCCUGUCGCGCCGGGGGCGGGUGGGGACGACCACGCGACGUGGCCCGAAAAACCGGAACGCCAAUGUUUUAACGAGAAAUUUCGUUGUAAAGCUGGUUUCACAUACACACACGCGCGCGCGCGCCGUGCGGUAGAAACAACAACGCGAACGGUUUCGAUAGAAUAAAUAAAUAAAAUAUGAUCUUGGCUAAACAACGAUUACCAUCGAGUAAAACGUACCGUAACAUGGUCGUUAUGUUUCGAGGGGUUUUCCAAUUCUCGAGGAGUCGGGAAAACAUGUUUUGUUCGCGACGUUCUCCGCAUUUUCAUGAAAGGGCCCAGUACCGGUGUUCGCCUAAUUAUCUCCGAUUUUUUUUUUAAAGUUUAGUAGAACAUUGUUCCGAUUACAUUUUAAUGUUAAGUAAGGCUCGGAAGUUAUAGGAGACAUAUAUUGUUCCGGGCGCUCUCGAUUUAUGGUUGACUUGUAGCUUAUACAAGUCCGUUUAAUACAGUGGAGUGUUUAACAGUCGAACAUUUAAAGUGCAUAUUUAAAACUGUCCAAGAGAAAUGCGUUUUAUUCUUUUCAAAUUAAUAUUGAAUACCCAUAGAGUUCAAUAUUAUUUAAUAUCAUUAUUGACACGGUGCAUAGGUUUAUAAUGCCAAUAUACUUAUCUAUUAUAUUAAUCAAUCUCUACAUUGAUCGUUAUUGCUUAUUUGGAUGCAUUUAAUUUUAAUGCGGUAUCAAUUUGAUUACACAAAACCUCCUUAAAAAUGCCCUGACACGCCGACCUACGAUAUUUUGUUUCGCACCAAUAUAAUAUCAUUAUGCAAUGGUGUAAAUAGGAGCUGGAAUUCGAGGUCAAUAUUACAUGUCAUAUCGUAUGUAGUGCAUUUAUGGUAAUGUAAAAAGAGUCGGUAAAAAAAUAUUAGGAAUAAAAGUACCAUUAAAAGAUAAUAUAAUAUUAUACAUUAUUUAAUACAUAGCCGUAGGUAACGAUAAAAAAAAAAAAGUAUAUUUAUUAUAGGUACACAUUAUUUUAGAUGAAUCGCUCAUUCGUGAACGUGUAGUUCGUGCAGUGACGCACUUAAGAGGGAAGGAGAAAUUGAAGAGAGAUAUCUCCUUUACAUUUUAUCAAUAUCUAUUAUUUAUAAUUAUGGUUAUUCUUUUAAAUACAGGUAUAUAGGUAAUAUCUAAUGCUUUAUCAGAAAAAUAAAAAAUGUGUUUAUAGCUACUUAAUACGUCAACAAACCUGAACGUUUACAUUUUAUUUUUUUUUUCGAAACGAACCAAUCUGAACUAGUUUAAUAUGAAGGGAUAAUCUAUACAUUAUAGAUUAGUAAUGAAAUAACCAUAAAUACGGUAAAUAGUGAAUAAACAAAUAAUAAUUACUAAUUAUUAAAAUGGAAAACUAUACUAAAUCACUAAUUUCAGCACUUGACUCAGGCUCAAUACCUGGUAAUCCCCAAAGGAAGCUUAAAAUAAGACGGUGUCACAAUCUAAACAUUUAAUCUGAAUCAAAUUAAUAUAUUAAAUUUAAAUAAAUACAUAAUAUAAAAUUUUAAAUCAAUAUAAAGUGAAGUCGCUGGGUUACUCUUUUUAUUAAAAUAUUUUAUUUUAUUUAAGAAAAAUACUCUUACACUAGGGAACGGUUUUGGUUUAUAGCUCAUGGAACUUUUUAUGGGAAGGAGAAGUGGACGCGUAGUGGAUAUUCACUAAAAUUAUCUGCGAUGGAAAUUAUAUAUUUAAGUUCUUAGGGAAAUUUGUAAAUGCCGUGCUAUAAGUUUGGUUUCAUCAGAAGGUGUUCAAGGAAUCCGAAUUCCUCUCGGAAAUUUGUUUAAGAAUCAAAAAUUCAUACACGAAUGCGUGAAAUAGCUAAAACACAUGGACACCAGACUUGAUAAAUAAUAUUUUUAGAUAAUUAUUUGUCUUAUUUAUUUUUUUUAACUGAUACGUAAUUUAAUUUAUAUCUAUACGCAACGACAGAGUUGGACUGGGUCGGUGAAGUAGUGAUCAAAACUCGGUUGGCCGUUCAAAAUAAUUAAUUCAUGGGCCGAUUGUUGAUAAUAAUACAUUGAUAUUCUAUAAAAUAACACGAUAGAUAAUAUUGUUAUAGUGUAUUAGUCACUCAGUCAAUAACAAGCCAUUUAAUACCAUAUUAUUAUUCAUAUUGUACAGUUACUGUAUAUUGACUCUAAAAACCAUUGAUUGUAUAUAUACAUUUUAUUUAUGUUUGUAUGUGAAAUAUUAAACUGUAAUAUUGUGUUAAAAACGUGAAUGUUUGUUGUUUAUUUAUUUAAUUUUCUAAAUAUACAUUGAACAAGCCCAAAAGUAUGAUGUCUCAAGAAAAACUUAAAAACUUUUUACUUAUGUCAGUAAAAAAAAAAUAUUUUGUGUAGUGUUAAGAAUGGUAGUGUAAUUGAUUUAAUUGCAUGAAACAGUAAUUUUUUAAAACAGUUUAAUAAUUAUGACUUAGGACUAAUAUAUCGAAGAAAUCUAGGUGGAGAGUUUUCAUUUUUAUGUCAAAAUAAGAAAAUAUAUUGUUAAAUUGAAAUUUAGAUGUAGCGUACAAAUGUUAUUAAUUUAAUUGAACAAAAAUGUAGUUUGUUUAAGUAAAUAUUGAUAAUUUAAUAAAGCAUAAUUUGACAAAUAAUAUUUCUUGACAAUAGUUUAAUAUUUUAAUUUGUUCAUAUUUGCAUUUCAAAAUGUUUACAUUUAUGUUAAUAUAUUAUGAUGUAAUAUUGCAAUUUAAUAACAAUCAUCAAAUAGGUACAGAUUAUCAAGCUAAGAGAAAACCGUAAAUGCAAUCUAAAAAUCAGAAUAAAAAAAAAAAACUGAUGGACGUCAUACUUUGCAUUACGAGUGGACUACAGUUAUAAGUGAGAAGUUGGGAAUGUAGGAUAUAGAGAGGAAUUUAAUUUAUAUUUGUACGCAACGAUUAAUCACCACUAAUGAAAAACGAUUUUAAGCAGAGCUCGGUCAACAGUUAUUGCUUUUUCAACAAUGUGCGUCUUCAGAGCAAUGAUUUUUUUUUUUUAAAAAAAAUACAAAGUAAUAACAAAAAAUAAAUAAAAAAAGUUGCCAAUGGCAACUAGGAGAAGAGUUAUUUACAAGCAGAAAAAAAAAAAUACACAUUAUAGUAAAAUCAAUAGAUCCCCUCACUUCACUCAGAAUCUAAAAUUUGGCUAGUUUAUUUUUAAUUUGACCUCUGAGAUUUGGUACCUUAUGCGUUUAUUUUAACUUAGGGAUUGUUCUGUUUAAAAGGAUUUAGAGCCUUCUCAAUAUUCUUUGUGUUUAUGUAGAAUACAUAAAUACACAGUGAACUGAAUAGAGGACCGAUUUUACUGGAUUCUCAGUCAGUGGUGUCAUAGGGCAAAGUGGGGCAGUGCACCGGGGCCCCAAUGCUCGGGGGGGGGAGGCCUUAGAUAAUUCUGAAAUUACUUCCUUGAAAUAAUUGCAAAUUUUGAUGAAUUAUCAACUAUGAAUGUUUUAAAUCUUAUGUGGUAAUUCCAGUCAUGAUCAAUAUAAUUAAAUAGAAUAAUAAUGUACACAAUAAUAUACAAUGAACGGUGUUCACCGUAAUGUUAGUUAUGAUUUGUAUAGUAUAUAACAAACUGUAUAGCCAACUGGAUUUCCUUUUACUUUGUUUAUUUAUUAAUUAUCUAUUUAUUAUUUUCAUUUUUGGUUUAUAGUAAGUAUUUACACUUAAAAGUUGAUACGUGCAGGUAUACUUCGAAUUUUCUUAAAGAUUAUAUUAGUUAAUCUGUUUAGUGGGGCCCAUUAUCAUUUCGAAGAAAUAAACAAUAAUAGUAUACCUAGAAGGUCUAGGUUUUUAAUUACCCCGGAGCCCUUUUCCAUCUAGCUACGCCACUAUUCCCAGUCCGACCGUGUGCAAUAAUAAAACAUUGUUGAAAAAUAAAUAUUUCUAAGGUUUCUUAGAACCGAAACUUCUAAACGAAGUUCGACUAAUUACGUUUUGAUAAACAUAAAUAAUUUAAAAAUAGUUUAAAAUGUAUAGAUAACUGUAAAAAAGAUAAUUUUUGAGCACUAUAUUUAUAGAGCCGGAUAAGUUGUGUCCAUAUAAAUCCAAUAAAAAUAUGCGAAAUAUUAUGCCUUUUACAAUUUUCGUCAAAAUUUCACUUAAAAUAUAUUAGCUGAUAAUAACAUGAGUUUUGGGAGGGCUAACUUACCCUCACUAAGUUCUUUCUAUUGCGCCAAUGAGUUUUGGUUAUUUAUACAAAUGGCUUUUUUUUUUUUUUUCAUAAACAAUUUAGUUAAUUUCGGGACAAAAAAAUAACGAUGCAGAUUCGUUUUUACAUUUAUUUAGAUUAUACCUAGAUUGUGUUUUACCGAGCAAGCAUAUAUGAUGCGUAGGAUAAUAUUUGAGGGUGAGGUGCAGUUUAUUUUUAAAUCCUAUUAGUAUAAUACCAUUUUUAUGAACAAAUGUGUGCGAGGGGAAAACGUUUUUGAAGAGUUGUGUGUCUCCGUGACGGGUAUCCUGAAAGUUCGGUACGGUUUUCAGUUAGUUCUUACGCGGAAUUUCGGAAUUUUCAGCCAAUGUAGUCCCCCUUCGAAAUUUUUCCUGUCACUGUUGCAGAUUAAUGUAAUUGGCGUAUUUCCCCGAUAAACGACUUGUUUUACUUUACUUUACCGAAUUAAUAUUACCGAUUUACAUCGUUAAUAUACCUACAACGCGCGUGCAGUUAAACCGCUCCGUGUGAAACCGGCUUAAAACAAAAAAAUCACGGACGAAAUUCGCUACCGCCCGUGUUAUUAUCGGCGCGGAGUGCGGUGAACCUCCGCAAUCCCCCACCGCCGGUAUACAAGACGGACUCCUGAGCCGCCGUAAGUGGUGACUGGUGGUUACGAACACGAAACUAGUUCUCCGCCGACGGCCGAUCGUUCGCUUUUGUCGUUUCGCGCGCUCGUCGUCUGCCAUCCCGUUUUGUCCGACACGGCGGCGGCCGUCUCCGUUCCAUUAUUUCGACGUUGGCGCGUAACCGUGUUUGUGUCUACGUGAACGCGUUCAAUUGCCUCGGGACUGCACACGGUUUGAUAAGGUUGCCAGUGGUUUGACAGCGACAUCGACAACUAGAAAUCUCUGUUCAAAGAUUAUUUUUCUAUCCGUCUACCCGAUACACGUGUUAAACCGAUAACAUUAUAGAAUAUAUUAAUAUUAUACAGACCUAGGUAUAUUUUUGAAUCGAUACAAAACUCUAGGUAAUUGCGCGGAAUGUUAUUUGAAAGCUCAACAAUUUUUUUUUUUUAUCAUUUGUAGAUAAACAGAAUCGUAGCUAAGAGAUUACCAGAAGAAUCGGAGCGACUUUUUCUUCAGCUGUAGCCGUCCGUCAACGAUUUGACCAAAUGGCAAAAUCCGACGACCCGUACAAAGAAGGAUAUUUGUGGUUUCCUCCCCACGGUGUACUAUCGCAGUUAAAGGUAGGUUACCUUAGCGUAUCAAUUAGUCCGUAGAAAAAAAAAUCGGGAAAAUAAGUCCGAUUUAAUUAUUUUCGGAAAAAAGCGACACAUAAUUAUUAUUAUUAUUUUUUUCAUUAUAAUAAGACUCGUUUUAUUAAUAAUAUAAAUAAUGAAAAGUAAAAUAAUGUCUAAUAUAAUUUAAAACUAAUAAUUUGUUAAUAUUUAUUUCGUUUACAAAUACAAUGGACAGUAUAAAUAAAAAAUUCUUGCAUGCGAAUGAUCCACAAUUAACCGAAAGUUAGUGAAAUCUCUAAUACAUAAAUGUUUUAUUAUAAUUUAUUAUUUGUUUAUUGUUAUUUACCUUUUGAAGUGAUUAAAAUACUCAGAUAUUUUUUGAGAGCAUUUCCAGCGGAUGCUUGUUGAUAGAUCAUGAUUAAUUGCGUAAGCAAAACUACAAAUUAUUUUCUUUCCCCAUUUCAAAAUCAUAGAAAUCAACCAGGUUCCUAUUUUAAUGUUAAAAUCUGAGAGGUUGGACAAUAAAUUAAUUUCUUCUGCAGUACCUGUCAUCCUAUAGAUUUUAUAUUUAUUUAUUUAUUUUUUAUAGGUAUUUUAUAUUUUAUCUUGCAAUAUAGAUUAGUUUUGGUAUUUUUAUUGCAUUCUAUAUUAUUUUACCUUCUUUUACUGUAGGUUGUAUAAUAAAUCAAACCAGACUUUUUUCUGUUAAGUAUUUUUGUGAUAGAAUUAUUUUUCUGAAAAAAAUUAAUUUAAGACUUUCCCUGGAUUCUAUUUUAACAUAGAUACCUCCUAUAAUAUUAUACUGCAGUGACAUAUUAUCAUUUUUUAUUUCAUAAUAAUAUAGUUUAGAAGUAAGGUAUCUACGCAAUGUAAUGUACGCAAUUGUACAAAUUUUAAGGGUCAGGUACAGAAAUCGUACACAAUCGAGCUACCAAAAGAGAGACAAACUUACGCAAUCGUAAAAUUCACCAACAAAUUCUUGCACCUAUAUAAACAAAUCAUUUGUUACAAUUAUUGUGUACCUAUCUACUGGUUUCUCAACAUUUAUAUAUUAUUUAAUGUAACAGAACCUUUUCAUAUUUAAUACCUAUGAAAUUAAUAUGAAGACAGGGUAGGUAUCAAUUAAUUUGGAAGAUUGUAUGAGUAUUAGAAGAUUGUAUUCAAGUACUCCUCACUACUUCUAGUGAGGAGUACUUGAAUUGAUAAAUUAAAUAACUAACUAUACAAUUGGUACAUUAUAAAAAUUAAAAUAUUAGUAUUUCUUAUCUUAAAAAUAUAAAAACAAAUGUAAACAUUCUACACAGUGGUGCAACCAGGAUGAUGUUUAGACACCUCCUUCCAUGUGUAAGUAAUAUAAAUUUAUUAAAACGUGUUUUAAUUUUUAAUAUGUAAACAUGUGACACCUACCUUCAAAAAACUUAAUAAAUAUCUAUGAAUAUUAACUUAUUAUCAAUUCAAUUUUAAAAUAUUUGUUUCAGAAAUCAUGGCAAAAACGCUAUUGUCGGUUAUUCAAAUUGAGUAAACAUGGUAUAGACCGCCUCGAAGUAUUUGAUGGAGUUGAAGAUCAACAAUUUUCAACUAUUGUAUCUAUUAUACCUUUAGAAAGUUGUGUGAAAAUAACACAAGAUGCACAAAAACACCAACCACAUGUGUUUGCGGUAAGAAAAUUAAUUCUUGUUUUGUAUUUAAUAUUUACCAAAGCACAUACUUUAAAAUUAAAAUUAAUUAGUGUAGGUAUUUUAUUUGUAUAGGUAGUAUGUUAUACAAUUUAAAAUUGCAUACUUUUGUUUUCUCAGAUAAAUAAUUUAAAUUAUGUAUUUAAUAUUUUUUCUGUCCCUGGUCAAAUUUAUUAUUAAAUAAAUUUAUAUAUAUAUUCAAACGAGCAUACAUUUAUAAUAUUUAAAAUCAAAUACAAAUUAUUAAAAAUUAUUAAUUAUUAUUCUUAAUCAAAUUGUAAAUAUAUUAUAUUUAUUAGAUAAAAUAUUAUGUCUGUAAUGUGUAAUAAUAAUCCUUAAUAAUGAGUUUAUUACAAAUUGUAUUCAUGGUAGUAAUUAAAUAUGAACAAUAAAUGUUUACUUUAUUUCUGAAUAACUUAAUUGAACAAUCAUCAAUAGGAAUUUUUAAUGUUUUUAUAUUUAAUUAAGUAGUUAAUCUAUUAAUGCCACUAAUUUUAUAAUAAAUUUAUUGUUUAAUGAAUUUCUUAUUAUUUAGUGAUUUAUUUUAAUGAACUAUAAUGCAAUAAUUAAACACAAUCAAAUACCCAGAAUUACUUGGUUAAUUGUUAACAGAGUUCGUAAACAUCUAUAUUCAUAUCAAUGCAAGGGAGAUAAAAAGAAUCUAAACACAUUUUUUUCGUGUCAUUUGAUUAAUUAAUUAUCAUUAAACAAACAUUGAAAAUGUAUAAUAUUAUUUUAAUUAUUUAGAAUAAGAGCAAUCUAUUAAAUAAAGAUAAACAUUUAACAUAAACUAUUAAUAUAAAGUUAAAAAUUGUUCAUACUAUUAUGGCGAACUAAUAGAAUAAUAAUAGAAACAAUUAAAAUGAUAAAUAUUGCAGUUCUAUUUGAUGUUGAUUCAAUUGUUGGUUUAUUACUAAUUUAACAGAUAUUUAAAUGAUCCAAUUUUCAACCAUUAUCAUUUUGUUUUAAAUGAUAUGUAUUAGCAUGUGAUUAGCAUGGUCCUUAUUUUUUUAAGACAGUACCUUGAAUUUGUUAAGUUUCAUGAGUAAGUAAUUUGGGUAAAAUUUGGAAAGUCUCACUUAACCCCUUCUGGUACCACAUUAGGGUGAAAUAUAGCGAAAGAGGAUAGUUUUUUUAUUAUUUUAUUUAAUUUAAUAUACUAUCGUACUUAGCAUAAAAAUUUAAGAACCUUAAUAAUUUAUUUUAUUGUUGCCUAUAAAAAAGCAAAAAAAAAUGUUUGUUAAUAUUUGAAUUUUUUGGAACCCAUUAUUAAAAAAUAUAUCAAUCAAAUUUCAUACUUCAAAAUUUUCUAAAAAUAAGAUGUUUAGAAUCUAUUAUUUUAGAAUUCAUAAUACCAAAUGAUUAAACUUCUAAAAUCAUAACAAAACUAACUUCAAAUUUCUAAUUUAUCUACCGUAGAAUUUUGAAACUGAUAAUGUUGCAAAUAAUCUUGAAAGUAAAAUUAAACCUUGCUACAAGACAGGAGUGCAGUAUCAUACUCAAUGCCAUGAAAUUUAAACUCAAAAACUAAAUAUAACCAAUAAAUUAUUAUUUAACUGUCAAUUUGAUUUUGUCUUGUCAUUUUAUAUAAAUUUUUUUUAAAAAAAAUAUAAGCAUCUAAUGAUUACCACUAUCCCAUUAUAUUAUAAUAUUACACUAAAGUCUUAUUACUAAAUCUGACUACUAAAUUUUGUUUAUACAUCAAAUCAGGAGGUACUAAACUAGAUUUAUACCAUAUUUAAUUUUGCUUUUGCUAAACAGACUAUUUUUUCAAAAUCUAAUACUUUUUCUUCUUAAGUCGUAAAAAAAAAAAAGAAAAAAACUAAAAUAAACAAUAUUAAAAUAUUAAAUAUUGUAUAGAUCUAUUGGUAUUAUGGAUAUUGCUUUCAAUUUUAAAAAUAAUGUAGGUAUUUAAUAAUUGUUUAAAUAUUUUAUUUGUACCUAUAUUAAUAUACAUAGUAUUAUUACUAUUAUUAUUAUUUUAGGUUAUUAUAGGUAUAUAUUUUAAUAAUUAUUUAUUUUAUAUUUUCUUGUUUCAAUUAAGGUUUGGACUAAAACCGGUGUUCAUCACUUUUCUGCAAAUUCAGAUCAAGAAAUGACUAAUUGGAUAUGUGCAAUGCAAGCUGUUGCAUUUAGGGACAAUGUGUCAAGGCAAACAUUUGAAGAAGAUAAUGAUUUGUAUUGUUCAUCUGGAGAUGGUACACUAUUUUUUUUUUCUUUGAUUAUCUGUAUUAUUUUUCAUAUGAGUAAUUAAUAUUUUAAAAAUAUUUUUACAGCUGGUGUAUUUAGUGUGAAAUUAAUAUCUUCUGAUGCAAGUGAACGUUGUGGUUUAAAAGAACACACAUAUUAUACAUUAGUAAUUACUCCUGUUGCUCUUCAGUUACGAGAAUCUGAUGAAAACAAUACUCUCCUUUUAACCUGGCCAUAUCGAUUCAUUCGAAGAUAUGGAUAUAGAGCUGGUAGAUUUACAUUUGAAGCUGGUCGCAAAUGUACUAGUGGGGAAGGUGUAUUUCAUUUGGAACAUUCAAAUCAACAAGAAAUAUUUCGUUGUAUUUCAUUAAAAAUGAAAAGUAUGAAAAAAUUAUUGAGUUGUGAAAAUUCUGCAUCAUCUAUCAUGUGUGGUGAUAAUCAAUUCCAAGCAGCAUUAUCUAUGAUGGCACGUUCUAGAAGCCCCUUACCUCCAUCACCCACAAGCAUUACUCCUUUAAUUCUGGAUAACAAUGACUUAAAUAGUUUAUCUUGUUCUUCCAAACCUCAUAUGCCCCAUCCACCAUUAUUAGUAUUUCCAAAUGAAUCUCCUCUGCCACCCCCUUUAAAACCAAAACCAAAGACAAUUUUUUCCAAAAAAUUACCAAUAAUUCCUGCCAUAAGUGAACCUCACUGUGAAACCAAAGAAAUGGAAUCCUCAGAUGCAGCAUAUGAAGAUGUUCAAGUGAGAAAUGAUGCUUGGAGGACUAUGGGUUUAAAUGAUUCGAAUCAUUGUGAAAAUUCAUAUGCUAGUAAUACUGUGUUUAUUUCUGAUGAAGGGACUGAAAAUUAUGACCGCCUGCAACAUUUUGGUUUCAUAUCAAAAACAGCUCCCGGUUAUAGACAAAUUAAUCCUAUUAAUAUAACCAACAAACACAAAACCAAUAUAAAACCAGAUACUGUUAUUAUGCCUGCUCGGAAAGCAGAUGACUCACAUUAUGGCUAUGGUACUAUCAAGAAAAAAAAUUCUAUUCAAGAAAAUGGUUCAAAUAAAGAAUCUUUAAAGUCCAUACCACACAAUGAAUUACAAUAUGCUAUUGUGUUCAAAUCUAAUCCGGUCUAGUCUUAACAAUUUUUUUUUUUCAAUCAAAUAAUCUUUAUUUUAUAUUUAUUUAUAUAUUACCUUAUUUAUGUAAUAAAUUUAUCAAAUUAUCUAGUAAUAGUUUACUUUGU